AAUUAACAACAACAACAGAGUGGUCCUCUUGUCCCUGUCUUCCGAGGGACAAAGAAGAAACUGCUUAUGAAGAUGCUGCCCUUCUCGCAGCAGAUUAAAAGGACGGGAUCCCCACACGGCUGGGCUGCCUAUUCGGAUGCAGAAGUAGCCUUGCGAAGCUGCUGGCGGCGGCAGGAGGCUGGGCGGGUCUCCGCGUUCGGACGAAGCGGCGGAGUCCAUCGCGGUUCUGCACACCGACGAGCAAAGCAGAGCCCGGAUCACUUUCAUCUUCUUCUCCGACCCCGGGAAAUGAAGCCCAGAGGUGGGGGGGAGGCGGAGGCUGCGCUUUUGGCGCGUCUUUCUGCUUUUCGCCUAGCCGGGCUCCAAACCCGUCCUGUCCCCCGGAGGAGGCGUGCCAGGCCGGGAGUAGGAAGCGCGUCGCAGAAAGAGAGGGAAGAACGAAUCCCUAAUCCCGCCCCGUCCGAUCCGCUCGGCUCCGCCAUAGGUGGACGAUCCCGCGUGGGGGUUUCCAUGGAAACGCCGAGUCGCUAGGCGCCCGGCUCAUGUGUGGGAGUCUUGCUCAGACCUAGCGGGGACCCGGGAGCGAGAAGCCGGGAGGCAGAGAGGACCCGCGGGCCCGCCGGCCGGCCGCCGUCUACGGAACCGGUCCUCUGAAGAGCUUGAGGCGGUUCCUUCUCAGGGUCCUGGUAAUGGACGGCAGCCGGCGCGGGAACCCAGCCUUCGAGGUUAAAGGAUGGGCUGGUCCUGGAAGGCGGGCAGGCAGCCCGGCUCUUGGAGCUUAAUCUCGGAGGCUCACCCAUCCGAUGCCCGGGGACGCCCGCCGCGCCCCUCCUGCCCAGGGGUCACAGAUGGCGAGUCCAGGAGCCACGAGCUGGAGUCGAGCUGAUUGGAGGACCCCAGUCUUCCGGUACAGGAAAGAGAUUUGAAAGAGGAGCCGGCCUGGCAGGGGUCAUCUUCCACCGGAUUGUCCUUCCAGGAGGAACCCAGUCUCGAGGAUUGGUGGAGCUUAGCUGGUUGCCAUGUCUUGGAGUAUUCCAGGCAGAGGUGGUGGCGUUCAUCCUGCUCACACCUUCCCUUGUCUCUGAGGAUGGGCAGUGGUGGUUCCUCAGGCAGGGAGGAGCGGCUGCCAUCAGUGGCUGAAGAACAGCUGAGUGGAGGAGAUCAGAUGCUAGAGCUCUCUGGGCGCCACCUGAGGAAGCUGCCCACACCAGUGUGUGCCCUGAGCACCCUGCAGAAGCUCUACAUCAGUGGCACGGGGAUAACGGAACUGCCUGAGGAGAUUGGGGGCCUACAAGAGCUGCGCAUCCUGGCCCUGGACUUUAACAAGCUGGAGGAAGUACCUGAAACCUUGUGCCGCCUUCCCCACUUGACUCGGCUUUAUCUGGGCAGCAACCGCCUCUUUGGCCUCCCUGCAGAAUUCUGUCAGCUCAAGACUCUCCGUUGCUUGUGGAUUGAGAGCAAUUAUUUGUACCACUUUCCCCAGGUUCUGCUCCAGAUGCCCGAACUGCAAUCCCUGCAAAUGGGAGACAACCGUCUCAAAACCUUACCGAAUGGCCUGCCACGCAUGAAGGGUCUUCGAGGACUUUGGUUGUAUGGAAACCGUUUUCAGGAGUUUCCAAAACCUUUGCUUCACAUGAGUCAGCUUCACAUUCUUGAUGUUGACCGUAACAAGCUUACUGAAUUCCCUGACUUGAGUCACCUUCGGAGGCUACGUCUUUUCUCCUAUGACCACAAUCCAGUUGAAGCGCCACCCAGUGUGGCUGACACUGUCUUUGUAGUGGGUGAGGGAGCACAGGAAUUCAUGGAGUCUAGGGGGGAACGUCUCCAGGCUCUUCGACAGCAAAAAGCAGAAGAGCAGGAAGAGAAUGAAUCUGAAGUUCUACAGCCCAAUAUGAAAAAUGAUUCCACUGUAUUGGAGGAGGAGGGCAGUUUUACUGCUCUGGAAUGCUCUCCUGAGGAGACAUGAGAUAUUAGUAAUGGCAUGAUUGCUGCUAAAGAAGUCUAGUAGGUACUGAUAGGUUUUCAAAUCUGCAAAUGGGUUGUAGAAAAUUAAGAGCUGGGCACUCCCCACUUGUUUCAAGAGUUGCAGUCAGAGGCAGGAUUGUGGGUAGCAAAUGACCACAAUAGUUGAUAGCCUCUUGUAAAGAACAUUGAUCACCUAUUGUUGUCUUCUUAUUCUCAAUGGAAUCAUGGGCAGCCUCUGCCAAAAUGUCUGUAAUGCUCUAUGGGUAAUUUUGUGUUCUGUCUAAACCUAGGGCACAACUCCCUAAUUUGAAGUAUCUACGAUGACCACAUAUGGCUGAAACAGAAUUUCAGAUUGACAUUCUAUUUGCCUGGCAUUAUAAGAGCAAGACAGGAUAAAGCCAUUUUGUUUAUUUAUUCCCCAGUUUAUCCCCAUAAAUAAUUAAUUUUCAUCAUCAAAUUUUUAAUCCUAUAACUGGAAUUAGACUGGGAGGGAAACCUUAUUUGUGCUGUUCCUUCAGCUGUCAGGUUUGAGAAGAAGCUCAGGUGAAAUCCUUGUUUGUGCAUAGAGCUUUUUGUCCAGGAAAAGCUUUGAUUCUAUUCUGUGUACAGCAGGAAAGAGGGUCGUGCAUUACUCUGUUGCUUUCCUGAACUUUCUAUUCCCUUAAAGGGGCAUAGAAGCAAAACUGAUAUGACCUUGGCCCCUGCAGAUUUGCAUGGAUCUGAAACCGAAGAGGGAGGUAGCCACAGGACUUUUUCUUGUAUGGGAGUGUGACAGGUUCAUUCUCCUGAGGUCCUUCGGGCUAGAUUUGUAUUAAAUCUAAGCAAUAAAAGCCCGUUAGAGAAGAGACGGAAGGAAGGGCACACAUUCUCAGGGAGAUUGCUAUAAAAGCAAGAGACCAAAGGUGUUGUGAGGUAUAAGGCUGUUUUAAAGAGAGUUGUAAAUGAAAUUGCAGUAUCUGGUGAAUGGAAUCAUGUUUCUCAGGCACCCUUGUUACAUAUUUUAGAAAUCCUGCUUUUGCUAUGUCUGAUCAUGCAGUUUUCUCUGUUUUUCUGCUUCUGAGGUUUCUUUGCGUCCCCUUUCUGAUUUUCUUUCUUCCAUAGUUCCAUGCUUUCUUUCCCCGCCCACCUUUUCAGAAUAUAUUUCUUUGUCAACUGUGUUCAGUUUUUCUCUGGAUUGGCACUUUGCUCAGCCUCAGUUUCAAUAUUUGUGCUGCAUGACAUGGUAGCCAGCAUCAACAAAGUUAACAUCUUUUUCUUGGAUUAAUUUUAGCCUUAUAAUGAACAUUUAUGGUAUAUUUUAUCUUAUAGUUUAUUUUUCAUUAAUUGGCUGAUUGCCACAAAAUAUUAUUUUUGUUAACUCUUUGUUUCUAUCUAUCUAUCUAUCUAUCUAUCUAUCUAUCUAUCUAUCUAUCCCCCUUCAUUCUCACUGUUGUUUUUUCUGACAGAGGAAGAAAGGCUUUCUUUUCAGUGUUGUACAAUGAUAGUGAGUGCAAUUAUCAACUUCACUUUUUUUAAAAUUGGUUGCAACCAUUUACAUGGCAUGUUUUCGCACCCUUGUUAGGCUAACCAUCUGAUCACUGUGCUUUUUUUGGUGAGAAAUCUCAUGCCAUAGAUGUGUAGUCACACACCUAAGUCAUUCAUAUGCAGCUUCUGCCUCAUAGCCACAUGGUGCUGUUAUAAUUGAACUACACAGUAGCAAUUUUUGUUGGCUUCCAUAUCCAUUUUUAGCAUCACAGUAUUUAUUGCAGUAAGUGAUGCCAUGUGUUUGAAGUAUUGGUUCAAUAGUUGAACUGUGGAAGAUUUUGUCAAAGCAGACAACAGAUUUUGCAUGACAUAGGUUGCCACCCGAACUAGUUAGCAUCAGUAUUUACCAAACUCGUGUUUUCUUCUUCUAAGAGGUUCCGUACGGUAGUUGUCUUUGUAGUCAUUACAGAUAAGUCAUUUCUCACUUUUAAGUGAAUUUUCAUCAUGACUGUAACCAAUUCUAUAGUUGUGUAUUAACCACCACAACUUGAAAACAUUCAGAUAAUUAAUGAUAACCAGUAUUUAAGAAACAGGACAUCAUAGACCAAAAUGUUUUGCCUGGACUGGUUUUAAUCUUCCAUGAAUGUUUCCUUUCUAGAAUGUUAUUUAGCAUGCCAAAGGAAUUGAAAAACAUGCUGGCUACAAAGUGGAGACAGUUCACUAACAUGUGUCUUUCAGCAUUAAGAAGAGUUCACAUUUGGCAGAGUUCUGCUUGCUUGGCAAACACUGAACAAGUAGUGGGUUGGUUAGCAACUGAAAAAUGCAGUAGAGAAAGCAAAUAAGUCAUGGAAAACUAAGUUGGCAGGGUCCGUGGUAAAGAAAUGUUGAGUAUGCUGAUGAUAUAAUUAUGAGGAAUGGGUGGAAUUGUGUCAUCAUCUUUGAAAAACACAAUCAGGGCUGUCCCUGUCAGAGACAAUGUGAGACCUCAGAUGAUAGAUAACUGGUGGGAGGAACAGCUGUUCCUGUGCCAUUCCCUUUGUUGAAAAACAUUUAUACAACUUGGCUUGUUCUGCAUUCCUAUGCUAGCUUGCUACCCUCAGGUGCUAUUCAGUUACCAGUGUUAAAGUUGUAUUCAUCUGCUAAACAAAUUCAUACAUCUUAACAUUUGCCUUGAGUAGCUAAAAGUCUUGGGUUAGCAUCAAACUGAGGUUUUAUUGCACUUCAGGCAAAUGCAUUUUGUCAUUAGGAUGGGGAAUUUUCAAGCCUUGACUGAGGUUAGAGAGGUGUCUUUGAAGCAACCAGCAUCCUGCUGGAGUAGAGCAGAUCACCUACUGUGCAAUACACUACAAAUUAUACAAUAAUUGUCCAACUGUAGCCCCAGUAAGGGUGAGGGGGGGCACAGUCAUCUCUAAAUAGGUUUUCUUAUUUAAAGUGGCUAUGACCCAGGGCUCUUUAGUAAUAAUAAAGAACUGGUUCUCUGCAGUUAGCUAGAAGUAGAAUUAAAUAUUGUUCUUUAUGGCAGUUAUAGAAGAUUGACUAGCAAAAACCCUUAUGUGAUACUUCCAAUUGGAUUCUGAUUAUCAAAGAAUCAUCUCUAACUUUAAUUAGAAGCUUCCCAGGUGUAGCGUCAGCCUCUAAUUGUGAUCUGUUCAUCACAUCCUAAAUAUCCCUUAAUUGCCUUUCCCAACAGGAUGAGCUUUAAGCUAUUGGUUUUUGGUUUCCUUGAAAAAAUAUCAUAAUCAUAAAUCAUGCUACUUUUAAAUUAAAAAUUGAAAGAGAAAAUAAUUAAAAAAAAUGGUAUUCCUGAUAGGAACAAGGGUUGACUAAUGAACAGGAAACAAUUAGUGGCUACAGCUACUAGAAGAGGCUUUCUUUAAAAUAAAAAAUAAAUUUAUCUUGAAAGAUGUUGUGGUGUUUCAUUCAUAGAAAAGAACAGUGAUAUUUUUAUUGUCAUUUUCUAAGUGGUUUAAAAUGUUACUACUUAGACCUGCAAAAGAUAGGAAGACAACACAGAGAACGUUGGGUUGUAGCGGAUUGGCAACAGCAUCUGAGUUCACCAUUAAAAGAAAGUGGAAGAAUAUCAAUUCUUUUAAUUUUACACAUAGUUUCUUUUAUUUAUAUUUUUUAUUGUACACCACUUUGAUUCUCUUUGAGGGCGAUGAGCAGUUCUUAAGUAUGAUAAAUAAAUGAAUGAAUGCAUAAAUAAAUCUUCAAAUAGCUUAGUUGGGGAUAUAAUACACAGUUACAAUAACGAAACCUUACAAUUAUGAACUCCAUUCACUCAUAUUUUUCUGAUUGUUAAAAAAUGAGCUAGAAUUUACUAAUUUCUGCCUUAGAUUUUAAUUCAGAACUGACAAAUGUUCAGGGAAAAGGUGACCUGGGUUGAAGGUAAAUUCAUCUAGAAUAUUUGAGUCCACUUGCUGUUUCACUUUGAUAAAAGAGUAAAGAGGGUAUCUUUAAACAACCCCAACACUUACUAAUUUGGGUUAUUAAUCUUUUUGGUGGAAAAUACACAUUUAUCAGAAGAAAUUUUAGUUAAAUAAUUAGGCUAGAGAAUGCGAUCACUGGCUGUUACAUCUGAAAUCAGAAACUACUUGAAUGUGCAAAUAGAUCACAUUACUUGUUACACAUUGCUAGCUCAUGUAUAACUUACAAUUGACAUGCACAUCUAUAUCUUUUUCAUAUGUACUAGUUCUAUAUUAGGUAUCCUAUGCCUUUGCUGUAUGCUAUGUCUUCACCAGUGUUUCUCAAUGCUGGCUGGUAAAUUCUGGAAAUUGAAGUUCACACAUUUUGCAAUUGCUGAGGUUGAGAAACACUGAUCUACACUAUUCCUCUGAGCUGCUCAACAGAUAACAAAGAAUGAUGCAAAGUUAGUCUGGCAUGAUUUGUCUUUGCUGGCUUCUGUUAACUGUAGCAUUUCUAUUCAAGUGCUUAUAAAAAUGCUGCUUAAUACUGUAAUCUGAGGACCUUAUCCAAUAGGAAUGUCUAACAGAUCUAUAGCUUCCCAUACCUUCCUCAUUUCCCUUUUUGGAAAAGAGUGACAUUUGAUCCCCUCCAGUGUUCUGGGAACCCAUCAAUUCUCCACGUCUUCUGAAACGUUAUCUACUGUAGGAUGAUUCUGCAGUUACCUGUGCUAAUUCAGACUCUAGAUUGUAAUCCAUCUAGCUCUAGAGAUUUAAAUUCAUUUCAAUUCUUUCCUACACUCUCGUUUAUCCUAUAUUUUCUUAUUCCCUUACUGACAACAGUAACCAGCUUUUUGAAAGAAGGCAGUUAAGAAAUGUUGCCUUCUCAGAGUCACCACUUUGUCACAAUGAACUUACAGGUGCAGUUAAAAAUCUUGGUACCCCUCCACUUUUUCCUAGAGAAGCCCAAUUUGCUGUGAAAUAAGUUGGAAGUGACACAAGUUAAUGGCAUCUGCCAUUCUUUAUUACAUAGUUCACAGGGCAUACACUUUGCUUUUGAUGUAUGGCUUGACAUAUUCCUGUAAUUAACAAAACAAAUGAAAAUGUCACAUGCUUAGGAUCUAACUCAAAAAUUAGUGGUACUUAUGUUGAAACAACGAAUAUAAGUUGGUAAUUAUAUAACAAUCUCCCAUGCGUUUCAAAUGCAGCUAAUUUAAACUGGCUCUGGUCCAGUGAAAUCUAUAUAAAUACAGGGUUUUGAACAUCUGAGACAGCUUUAUCAAUGUGCUUUGAAUGACAACAAAAUUGCUAUAGAGUAAGCUCAUUGCCUUUGCAAUCUGUCAUAACCAUUCUUUAGCAGAAAUUUGAUAGAGCAUGCCUAUGCAGAUUAUUUUAGAUUCAGAUAAUAUUGUUUUAUAUUCUUUAUAAAAUAUGUAACUUGUGACUAUUCUCGGAUGAACAGUGCAGGAAUAACUAUGACCAAAGGGACUGUUCUGACUGAGCAGGACAACUCCAUCUUUUGAAGCAAUAGAAUAUUUAGGAAGAAGAUGCACUUAUGCAUUGCUUCUUUAGGCACCUUGUUAUACAGGAAUACAUUUUUGCAAAUGUAUUUGUAAAUAUGAAACACUUAUUUAAAAUUUACCCUGUAACCUCCAGCACCGCCUGAGGUUUCCUGGUCACUGAAGCCAGUUUAAUUAUAUCAAAGUUUCAGGAACUACAGAAUUCACAGGAUUUUGCAAUUACUUCUCCAGCAUACCUAAUAUUCAACUCAAUAGUGAAGGUCACAAACUAGGUUGACCAGAUCUGAGCUGUAAAAAUCUAGAUGACUAACUAUUGUAGAUGCAGAAUAUUUUAAUUUUUAUUGCCUUCUAGUGGUUGCCUGCAUUUUUUGCAACCAAGAUUUAAUAGCCCUAUUCUCAGCUACCUAUUCUUCAGUGGAAAAAUGAAAAAGCAGCACUUCCUGGUUUUGAACUUCCCAGAUUUCAUUAAAAGAGGUUCUAUCUUUUAUCCAAUAAGUGGGCAUGCUUUCCUCCAGUCUUACAUAACAAGUGAUUCUUAUAAUUAUGCUUACAUUGUUUCUAUGUUUAGGUGCCAGCAUUUCCUUUGCAAUAUUUGAGAUUAUGAUGUCAAGUAUUUGAGGGAGGCAACCGACCAGGAUUUCUGGAAAGAUAUUUAUUGCUAGUAGGGUACAGUAACAGAAAACCUGCCAAAGCAAUUCUCCAGUUUGAUUUAUACCUAGUAUAAUUAAGGAGUGAGACUCUCACAUUCUUUUCCCCUGGACCCUGGAAUUAUUUUUCUGCAACAGCCUGCUUCCUCCAAUAAUGGCAGUGCUCUCUUCUUGCUCUUCCCAGGUCUGUUAGACAUUCCAUCACAGGUGAGCAUCCUGAAGGAGAUCUUGUCUCUCCUAUCAAAGUAACAUUGUUCUGGCAGCAGAGAAUGUCUCUCUACUCACGAGAUGUCGGAACUGUGUUUGAUGCUAAUGUGAUUUAAAUAUGGUGCAGCUCAAAUACAAUAUCAGCCCAGUAAAGAUCAGUCUUGGAAUUUCAAUAGAUCUCAUUCGAACACAAUUCAUUAUUAUUGUUAUUCGACUUGCCUGGUUAUCUCUCAAUAUCUCUGUUUCUGAAUAAUAUUAUCCUUUUUUUAAAAUUGUGUUUUCUGCUUUCCAGGUUGACCCUUGUUUCUUAGAGAGAAAGGUCCUUCUUCUCUUAUUAGAUCUGUUAAAGGCUGGUUUGUCCUUUUUGCACUUAACCUUGUGUUUUGAUAGGAAUAGGAUUUGCUUUGUGGCUUCAGUAGAAUCCUGAUACCAGCCAGCUUUUUUACCCACACAGUUAGGCUACCUAAUUUUUAAUCAAAUCAGAGAAAGAAUGUAGUGUUAAUAUUUUUAACAGCACUUUGAAAAAUUAAGUAGUUAUUAAACAGUGCCUAAUGAUGUUACUGGAGAGUUAUAUACCAGUCUGAAAAAGAAGUAAGUAAUGUACCUCUUCUGACUUGUCCAUCGCAUGUGUUUAAAAAAAAAAGAUAUAUCAACUGAGCAUUCAUCCUUAUAAAAUUGACAUCUCAAAAAUAAAUGUCCCACUCACUGUUUUACUAAUUUCACAUCGCCAUACUUGUUUUGAAGGGUUGGGUUAAAAAUUGCCCUUCAGAAGUGUUGAGGAUAAGAUAUUGAACCAAGAUAGACAGAAACUUUUUUUUUAUAAAGUUGGAAAAUUAGCUAUCAGAUGUUACAACACUUCUAAUAUUUCCUAUUUUGAAAAUGGAAAGAAUUAUGCCCAAUUUUUUUCUGGAGAUCAGUGCCAGAUACCUCUUUUCUGAUAGGAGUUUAGAUUGUCAUUGAAUCAAGAACUGAAUAAAAAACGCACAGUUACACAUAAUUUCUUCAGGAGGUUUUUUCCAGGAAGAUUUCAAUUCAUCAAGAAAUAUUAAAGACACCAUGGAUCUGAAGAAAAACACUUGUUUGUAUCCAAGCAAGAGACUUGAUAGAAACAAGCACAAUUCUAGAUUCAGGGAGACAUUUGGAAGAUGCUGGGGCAUCCUAAAAUGCAAUUCAUAAAAUUUUUAACUUCAGUGGCCAACGGGCCUUAUAGUUACAGAUUUGAGACCCAUAUAACAUUUGAACCAAUACCAAUGUCAUUACAAAUGAUCCUUGCUAAAGUGCCUCGUUUAGCAACCAAAAUUAGGAUUGUGUAAGAAUACUAGCUUUGUGACUAAUCCUUGCAUUGUGACCAUUGUAGCAUCGGUAGUCACAUGAUUGCCAUUUGGUGCUUUGUGACUGGCACACAUUUAUGACCAUUACAUUCUAAGUCACGGUCACAUGAUGUUUCAUUUAAUGACUUAAUGGGAAGUGAUAUAAAUCUAUCAUGGUCACAUGAUUUUCUGCUUAGUGACUGUGGUGCUUAGUGAUGGAGCUGCUAGUCCCAAUUAUGGUUACUAUAUGAGGAUUACCUGUAAUAUCUAAAGAUCACUCUUAGUAUGAAAGAAGCUGAGGCUAGGCCUGGUGCUAUUUCUAUUUCAGAUUUUUAUUGAUGUACUCUAACUGCCCAAGGCAUAGUAAGUGAUCCUGACAUAUUUCAAGGUCUUGACCUGCUCUAUAUUAUAUACAUUACUCUACCAUUUAUGUCUGUGGCUCACAAGUCUGAAAAGAAAUAACUUUCAUUUUUUAGGAUUUAUGGCUGCUCUUGCCUCAACAUGAUAAAAGGAUGAGAAACAUUGAAAAAGAAGUGCCAUAUUACCAGCAUUUAGAAGCCUGUCUAUAGUUACUGGCCAACCUAAGGUGUGAACCUUGUAAAUCAUCAAGUUAAUAUAGAUGUUACACAAGUGGAGAUGUACAAUGAAAGCUGCCUCUAUCCCUGUCAGGUUGGAAUCUGAUCAGCUGCAUUGCUUGGACUAUUGAGCCUGACCUGUAAAAAUGUGGUGUUAUGGGAGCAACCCCAAUAAACGACAUAUCACUCCA